AUGUUGGAAAGUGGCCAACCCCUUCAUAUUUUUGAUUAUGACGCCUUGCCGGAGCAAAAAAUAGUGGUUCGCCCAGCCCACCAAGGAGAAAAGUUAAAUGCCUUGCACGGUCAAGAGUUAUUGCUUAAUUCCAAAGAUGUUGUAAUAAGUUCGGGCGAAAAAGUUAUUAGUCUAGCUGGGAUUAUUGGUUCCCACGAGACCGCAAUAACUCCCCAGACCAAAAAUAUUCUUAUUGAGUGUGCCUCUUUUAAUCCCAAACUCAUUAAAAAAACUGCUAAGCGAUUAAAUAUUUCGACAGCCGCUAGUCAUUUUUUUUCUCGUGGAGCCAAUUUAGUUUUAACUACUCAACAGGUUCUCGCCCGGUUUAUUUUGCUUAUUGCUGAUAAUUACCAAAGCGAUUUAAAUUCCAAAAUAUUUUUUUCUUACCAAAACCAAACAGCCAAAAAAAUCCCACCAAUAAUCACUAUUACAAACAUUUAUUAUGUUACUAUACCUUUAUCACGACUAGAUAUUACUAUUCCCGAGGAUUUAUUGGAGGAGUUAUUAAGGAUUUAUGAUUAUAAUAAAUAUCAUGAAUAUUAUCGACAAACUCUUGUUCCCAGUCACUUAAAAACGAUAAAAUACAAUCUUGCUCGUGGGAAUAAAGAUCUAUUUUUUUUUGAAAUUAGUUCAGUUUAUGGUCUUUCCCAUAACGAGGAAUUGCUUAUUUUGAGCGGAGUAGUUGCUUUUGUUCCUAAUUCCCUUAAUUAUUUAAAUUCUUCCCAAAGUGCCGAAAUAGCCCUUGACCAAGAGAAAAUAGGCUUUUUUGGUUCUAUUCAACCACUAAUAACCAAAAAGUAUCAAAUUAAUGAACCAGUCUUUAUCGCCGAAAUCUCGCUAACCAAAAUUUUUGCUUAUCUUAAUAAUUAUCCUCCUCAAUUCCAUUAUCGCCCAAUUUCUAAUUUUCCGACUAGUACCAAAGACUUAUCCUUUAUUUUUCCCGAAAGUAUUAAUUAUAAUGAGGCCAUUCAAGAAAUUAGAAAGGUGGCAGGUGUCAACUUACAAGAAGUAAAUAUUUUUGAUAUUUAUCAGAGUGUUGAGUUAGCAAAAGAAAGAAAAAAGUCAGUCGGUUUCCAUUUAAUUUUCCAAAGUCCUCUUAAAACCCUAGAAAAUAAAGAAAUAGAAGAAAUAUUGCAAGAUAUUGUGGCAAGGAUAGAAAAAUUAUUUGCGGCCAAAGUAAGAGAUUAG